GAAAGGCGGCCAAAAGAGGUGUUGGCUUUGGGGAUGACCAGUGAGAUGAACCUGCAGGAGCGCGUGCUACGGACUGAGCUGAGAGAUCCAACGUGUUGAAGUGAUUUUAACAACCUGAGACAUGGCUUCUACAAGACAAUCUGCUUUAGAGUACAUUACAAAUGGAAGGCAACAUCUCAUUGGAAAGCUCAAGAAUCUGCCCCUCAUUGUGGAAAACCUGUUCCAGCGCAAGGUUCUUAACGAGGAGGAAGUCAGUAAAAUUCAGGCUGAAGUUGACCAUUUUGACCAAACCAGAAAAAUACUGGACUGGGUCUCGGCCAAAGGAGAGGUUGCAUGCUACGAGUUACUGACGAUUCUAGACAUCACAAGGAAGAGGACCUUAGACAACGCUGACUUAAAGCAAUGGAUCAGCUACUUCCCCUUCAAGGACGACCCAGAGAUGACAGACUACUUUGUUGGUUCAAAACCCUGUCACGGAUAUCAGACACAGCUGAAAUGUAAAGCACGGAAGAUCACAGAGGGUGCAUGGAAACAUAGCUGUAGUCUCCUACCAGAUAGAUGUAGAAAUGGGGGGACUUUCUCUUACACCCCUCUUGUGUUAGAUACACAUGUGCAUUCAUCUGACUCUAAAAUUAAAGUGAAAAGCAAAAGAUGCAAGAAAGCUCGGCCUAAAAAACUAAAGAGCUUCAUCCCCUUGGCCAAAAAGGAAACAUCCCCUACUGAGCUGCUUAAAACACAUGAAAAAAUCCUCCUGGUUGGAAAACCUGGAAUUGGAAAAACAUCAGUAUCCCAUCAAAUGUUGAACCUCUGGGCAGAGAAAGAUCACAGAGAACUAGAUUACAUGUUUUAUUUUGAGGUGAGAGACAUUUCACACAGAAAACCCAUGAGCCUGGAGGACCUUCUCUUUAACAUGUACAGUGAGCCAAACGAAAGUAAAGAAGAAGUGUUACAGGAUAUUAAGAAGAACUCUGAAAACGUUGUCAUCAUAUUUGAUGGAAUCACAGACCUCUCCUCUCUGUCGGUAGUAAAGGACCUUGUGGAGAACCUCCUCCCUGACGCAAAGAUUGUGACCACAUGCAGACCAGAUCAAUCGGAAGACUUCCUGACAGACUGGCCCACAGACUGGUUCAGAGUGGAGGUGAAAGGGUUCAGCGAUGAAUCCAUCAGGGCUUAUUUAACACAGAUGCUGAGUGCUGAGCCUGACUCCUUGAGCAGUGUGUUAAACAACCUAGAGUUGUUCAGUCUGUGCCAUGUCCCAAUGUACGCACUAAUGGUUGUUGCUUGUAGUUAUUAUUCUACCCUAGCGGAUUCUAAGCAGCCAUGUUCUACAACUAAGAUGUACAUUAACAUCCUCCGUCACUGCAUCCAAAAACACAGUGGCAGACGACGUAAGGAUAUCGACAUUUAUCUCAAAGAAAACAGAGAGAAAAUAUUGUCUUUGGCAGAAAUUGCUUUUGAUGCAACAAAUGAGAAAAACAUGAACUUGACAACACUGAGUUGUGAAGAAGGCAGUGUCCAUUUUGCCUUCUUGGGGGCAUUUAUGGUUAAGGUUGAGCCCACUGCAUCAGACACUUGCUCUGCGUUUCUCCACUACACAAUGCAGGAGUUCUUUGGUGCCCUUUGGCUCUUACAGAAUCCAGACAAAAUCAGAGAGGUUCUCGAGAAGUGCCCGACUGAAGAAUGGAAACACACAAAACACUUAAUUCCUUUCCUGUGUGGGCUUCUGAAUGAGAGGAAUACUAGAUUGGUAAACAGUCUAGUUCCAGCUGAACAGAUCAAGAAGACAUCAGAUUGGUUCUUCAAGGAAGUGGUGAACACAUUUCUUCCAUCUCAAACAAACCAAGAUCAUGCAGAAGGUGGUGCUUCUCCAUGAGAGAGGAACCAUACAAACAACUGUAGAGAAAGUGUUGUCACUGUCUGAAGUAUAUCACAAUCAGAAAUGUGAUUUCCUGCUGGAUCUGUACUCACAUGUGAAGGACUAUGAGACUCAAACAGGCAGGAGUGUCCUUCCAGCAUUACUGCCAGUUUACCAGUCAGCUCCUGCAGUCUGGUCCAUAGACCUCUCAGAGAGAAAGGCUUCCCUCCUCCUAGAAGUGCUGAAACUCCAACCAGAGAAGAAACCAGUAGAGCUGAAGGGCUGGUCAGAUGAAGAGAGUGAAGUGAGGAGUUUCCUUCAGUGUCUGCCCUACAUCUCACAGCUGAGAUUUACUCCACCACAGGGUCAGAGAAAAUCCCCUGAAGAGAGGACAAAGAGAGAGAGGACAUUCCUACUGAAUCUGUGCCUUCAAGCAGCUCUCCAUGAGAGAGGAACCAUACAAACAACUGUAGAGAAAGUGUUGUCACUGUCUGAAGUAUAUCACAAUCAGAAAUGUGAUUUCCUGCUGGAUCUGUACUCACAUGUGAAGGACUAUGAGACUCAAACAGGCAGGAGUGUCCUUCCAGCAUUACAGCCAGUUUACCAGUCAGCUCCUGCAGUCUGGUCCAUAGACCUCUCAGAGAGAAAGGCCUCCCUCCUCCUAGAAGUGCUGAAACUCCAACCAGAGAGGAAACCAGUAGAGCUGAAGGGCUGGUCAGAUGAAGAGAGUGAAGUGAGGAGUGUCCUUCAGUGUUUGCCCUACAUCUCACAGCUGAGAUUUCCUCCGCUGAAGGAUAAUCUGGAGAGGACAAAGAGAGAGAAGACAUUCCUACUGAAUCUGUGUCUUCAAGCAGCUCUCCAUGAGAGAGGAACCAUACAAACAGCUGUAGAGAAAGUGUUGUCACUGUCUGAAGUUUAUAACAAUCAGAAAUGUGAUUUCCUGCUGGAUCUGUACUCGCAUGUGAAGGACUAUGAGACUCAAACAGGCAGGAGUGUCCUUCCAGUAUUACAGCCAGUUUACCAGUCAGCUCCUGCAGUCUGGUCCAUAGACCUCAGAAAGAGAAACGUCUCCCCCCUCCUAGAAGUGCUGAAACUCCAACCAGAGAAGAAACCAGUAGAGCUGAAGGGCUGGUCAGAUGAAGAGAGUGAAGUGAGGAGUUUCCUUCAGUGUCUGCCCUACAUCUCACAGCUGAGGCUGAAUGUGGGUGUGGCAGUGAAACUGUCCAGACUGGUUAUGAGGAUAGAGAGAGGUGCUACUCCACUGACUGUCCCAGAACUCUCCUUGGUCCUAAAGAGCAGCCAGACACCAGAGAGAGUGUUAUCCAGGGCUCUGAGUAAUGUGGUGUCCCUUCUGAGACUCUGGAGGGUUCAGUGUCUGGACCUGACUGACCUUUGGAUCCAGGGUCACUCUCUCAUUGCACUGCUGUGUCACCAGGGGCCUCUCUCUCUUAGGUCAGUUUGA